AGUCGGUUGUGUAUAUUGUCAAGGACCUGCGGCAGCUACAGAAAUGUAUAGGCGCGAUAAUAGAAGAAAGCCCAAAUCAACAUAACAUUUUCUCUCUUGACACUACGAUGUCGCUCCCACCGCCAGUGGAGGACACGGCGGAGGAGAGAAGCGCCUUCUUCAUCGGCGCCGACACCGUCUCGGAAGAGGAGGAGGAGGAGGACCACCACCAACUUAUAUUACAGAAAGCCAACGCUCUAGCGUCGGAAAACUGCCUAAAAGAAGCCAUUGACUGGUUUUCGGUGGCUAUGCGGUAUGGCCCUGUGAGACCCGAGCAGUUAAGCACUUUUGCGGACUGUAUUCUGCGUAACUUUAAGAGAAAGGCCGCUGGGCCAGAUGCAGGGUCGGUCCAGAGUUUGAAUGCAGGGGGCAGCUGUGAAGGGGACGACGCCUUUGACUGUCCCAACUGUCAUAGCUUUCUAGGUGAAGCGGUUACCAUAGCCUGUGGACACACAUACUGUAAAAGGUGUAUACAGCGACGACUGCUAUCUAAAUGUAAGCUGUGCAGCGACGCCGUCAGUGGCCAAGAGAAAGCCAACGUGACCCUGUGCGGACUUUUAGAUAAAUGGUUCCCGGACGAGCUGACAAAGUCGAAAACACUAUGCAAAGUGGACGAGCUGUGUGAAAGGAAACGCUACCAAGAAGCUGUGUCACUGGCGACUGAGGUUAUCCAGUCUGACCCAGAGUCAACAGCGGUGGCGCGGCUGUCUCGAGCGGAGGCAUACAUGGCUCUCAAACAGUAUCGCCUGGCUUUAGAAGACACAGAAUUUUGUCCUGAAUCCAGCUGUUCUGCUGAAGCUUUGUUUUGGAAAGCUAUGGUGCUACAUGAGAUGGGCCAAGUGGAUGAGUCUCUCCAAGUCUUCCUUCACUGCCUGGCUGUAGACGAGGACUUUCCCAGGGCUAAAAGACAAGUGGAAAAGAUCUUGUGUGACCUGCUCUCCCCGGCUGAUGAGAACGUCAAGGUUGGCCUGAGGGAAACAGCACAGAACACGUCGCCACACCUGCGCAGUAAAACCCUUGUGUCUGAUGCCCAAGGUUCACCACAGAGCCCAGUCCACAGACAACACCAGGUCCGCGCCUCCUCAGCACACCACCAUCUGGACAGCCAGGAGAAACGCUGGGAGAGUCUGGAGCGCCCUGUUCUGAGCCGAGCUCAUUCGCUACGAAUGAAUGGAUCUAACUGUGGUGAGGGGCUGAAGAGGGUUUGCUCUGCACCUCAGCUGGGGGACCAGGAGAAGGCGAGCCUGCUGAAGAGGAAGCUGUCAGUGUCAGACACCGAACCUUGUGUUGUGUAUCGUGGAAGUAGCAAGCAUAAAAAACAAGGUGUGGUGAAAGGCUCCAAACAGCAGGUUGCCAAAGCUAAAACCUACAGAGCUGUUCCUGAGGGCCUGUUAGACCCCAAUGAUUUGGAGUGCUCUCUCUGCAUGAGGUUAUUCUAUGAGCCUGUGACGACACCAUGUGGCCACACCUUUUGUAAAAACUGUUUGGAACGCUGCUUGGACCACACACCUCAGUGUCCCCUCUGUAAAGAGAGCCUGAAAGAGUAUCUAGCAUCUAGGAGGUACAUGGUGACAACCGUCUUGGAUUCACUGAUCAAACAGUAUUUGAGUCAGGAGUACACAGAGAGGACAAAAACUCAUCUGGAGGAGACCAGAGAGCUUUCUGACUUAACGAAGAAUGUGCCUAUCUUUGUGUGUACCAUGGCUUACCCCACCGUGCCUUGCCCACUGCAUGUCUUCGAGCCACGAUACCGCCUCAUGAUUCGCCGCUGCAUGGAAGCGGGCACACGGCAGUUUGGGAUGUGUAUUAAUGAUCCCCAGAAAGGGUUUGUAGAUAAUGGCUGCAUGCUGAUCAUCAGGAGUGUCCAUUUCCUCCCUGAUGGACGAUCAGUAGUUGACACUAUUGGAGGCAAACGCUUCCGGGUCCUUUCCAGAGGAAUGAAGGAUGGUUAUAGCACUGCUGACAUUGAGCACUUGGAGGAUACUCGGGUGGAGGGCAGUGAGGAGCUACAGAGGCUACAAGAGCUGCACGACGCAGUGUACGAGCAGGCCCGUGUCUGGUUCCAGAACCUCAAGAUCCGCUUCCACAACCAGAUCCUGCAGCACUUUGGACCAAUGCCAGAACGAGAAGCUGAUAUCCAGGCAACUCCUAAUGGUCCAGCGUGUUGUUGGUGGCUCCUGGCUGUUCUGCCUAUUGACCCAAGGUACCAGCUCUCUGUCCUUUCCAUGACCAGCCUCAAAGAACGCCUGGUGAAGAUCCAGCACAUCCUCACAUAUCUGCAGAGCAUCCCCAACAACUAGAGCUUCCUCUUCUCACCAACAAAAACAUCCUUUGGACUCUUAUACAACAUUCAACAUUUCGCCAACUCUUGUUUCUACUGCAUCUGAUUAUUUUACAGCUAUGAGACCACCUCAUUUUAAACAUGUCUGUUUUAAGCCUGUGCAAGAUCAGAGAAAAGCUGAAACAUCCUUGUACUGUUCAGUGAAACCAGAGAUACAGCCAAACCACCUCAACAAUACUUUCAAUGACACUCAUUCUUUGCAUGGGGCUGUCGAAAAUUAUUUUUCAAAAAUGUUAAAAUGAGAACAGUUACUAAUAAGUAAUAUAUGUAAAAAUCCUAUGCUUUGCAUAUGAAAACUAAAUAGAGCUGAGUUGAAGAGUCAAUGAUUAUGGUUUGUGUUGUAUCAUCCCUGGUGAGACCAGUGAAAAGUAUAUUUUUUUGGUUUUGUUUCUUGGCUGUAAGAUUUAUGCUCAUAGUAGAGGAGGGUUGGCGUGAUGCUGUGGAACAAAUCAUAAAUGCUGAAAGUCUAGAAGGAGAUGGCAAGAUGUGGUUCUGAGAAACCAACUUGUGUAAAACCAAGAGCAACUAAAGGCUGGCGUGUAUGUGUACCAAACGUGAAAGUAUUAAUUGAUUGCUUCCUUGCAUUGAGUUCUCUUCUCACCCAUUUUUCCCAUGUUUCUACCAUACAUUACUUCCAUGGCUGUCUCUAAGUAGUAUCAUAAGACCUUCCUGUUAAAAGAAUGAAGCCAUCUGCAUUUCUUCCCAUUUUUUCCAUUUAGUUUCUUCCAUGUUAUCAUGCAGAGAUAAGCCACUUUGUCCCUCUUAAGUUCCUCAACCUGAACUCAUAAACUUCCAAAAUGUUGUUUGUCAUGGACCUUUGGAUAUUCUGGUAGAGUGUGAGGAGUUUUGAAAAUGUUUCUGUGGUUCUGUUAUUGUACAUUUUCUCUUUCCCCCGUACCAAAAGACUCAGCUGUCCAUUGAAUUAACUUAAACUGAAUUAAUUUAUAAGUUCAAAAUAUAUUUGUACAUUCUGACCGUAUGUUUGUAUUAAAAAUGGAAAGGGGGGGGGUCUUGCAAUAUUAUGACAAAUCAAAACAAGUCAAAAACAGCAUGUAUAGAUCUAUGAAGCAGGCCAGAGGGUUAGCAUUAUUCCUUAUUCAAAGCUGCUCUCUGCUUGAAGGGGAGAGGAGGGUACCUGCAGUGCUUCAGACUGCAUUUGCCUUACACCAUUUUGCAUUGUGAUUGGAAUAACACAGUGUGUUGGCUUGGUUACCAUUCCUUUUUGCCACAGUAUGAAGUAUCUCUCUGUUAGUUUGAAGCACCAUUUGUUCACAAUAUGUAAAAUAAAAGAAAUCUUGAAAAGAAAUACAUUUUAAGUCAACGCCGUCAAGUAUGUAAGUCAUUUGUAAAAAGGAUUUUUGGACAGAUCUUGCUUUUUGCUCAAAUGUUUUAAGUUAUCAAUUUUCUAUAAUAAAUGCCCUUCGUUUUUUCA